GUUGUUUUUGAAAACAUUUAUCUGAACUCCACCCCUUUUUACAUAAAGAAAAGCAGACCCAAUAUAAAACACCACUCUUCAGAGGUAAAGAAGAACGACGAGCACAAGACACGACAAGUGUUCAAGACACUUAAACAAAAUGAGCUCCAAGACACACACAGACAUGUGGAGGAUUGUGCUUUUGGGGAAAACUGGAUCAGGAAAAAGCAGCUUGGCCAACACAAUAUUCAGUGAGAAGAUUUUUAAAGAAGACACUUCUGCAAACUCUGGGACAGAUAAAUGUUAUUCUGAAACCAGGAAUGUGAACGGACGUAAUAUUCACCUGGUCGACACUCCAGGACUUUUUGACACAAACCCAAAAGACACAAAGGCGACCAAAGAGUUACUGAAAUGCAUCACAGAGUGUGCUCCUGGACCCCACGCCUUCCUGCUCGUGAUGAAGAUAGAGAAGUACACAGUACUUGAGAUGGCUGUUGUAAACAUGAUACUGAAAUAUUUCAGUGAAGAGGCCCUGAAAUACACCACAGUGUUGUUCACUCGAGGAGAUGACCUCCCAGAGGGGAUGAAGAUUGAAGAGUGGGUGAAGGAGAACAGCUCCCUGAACAACUUAGUGCAGAAAUGUGGAGGUCGCUGCCACGUCUUUGAUAAUAAAUACUGGAAGAACAGUGAAGAUGAAUACAGAAACAACCAGAACCAGAUCAGAGAACUGAUGAAGACCAUCGACAAAACUGUGGCUGACAAUGAAGGAAAGUUCUACACCAAUGACAUGCUGAACAAAACAGGUGAACUAAUAGUUCAAGAGAUGGCACAACUCAGAGCAACUUUAUCAGGAGACAUGUCAGAUGAAGAUAUUUUCAAAAUAGCCAAAGUUAAUAUUUUUGAAACCCUUUGGUUAUGCAUAAAAGACUAUCCAGUAGGAAUCAUUCUAGGAGGUUUACUUGGUGUAACAGUCAUGGUUCCACUUGUAGUGUUUGCUCUUCCAUGUAUAGUGUCUAGUCUAGUGAUUGGUGCAGUCAGUGGGGCUGUAGGAGCUGCAGUAGGGGGAGUAAUACAAUAUGUUGUAAAAAAAGAAGAUAAAACGUCGUCGUGCAAAUACAACACAAGAUGAGGCAAAACAACCACUAGUGGAACAACAAAAUGAGGAUGUGGAAGAACAAGAAGAAGAGGUUUGAACAAGAAGAAGAGGUUGAACAAGAGAACAUGGUCCGUCCUCCAGAGAUGGAAACACUGCAGAGAGAUGCUGAAAACAUAUUAGAUGAGUGGUAUAAUAUGUACCUUGGUCAAGGAUAUAAAAAGCUCCAGUGAUUUUGAACAUGUUGUGUGGACCAAAUGUAAACGACCAAAUACAUUUAUAGAUGAUAAACAGUUUAAUAUUUUGUCUGUGAUUAAACAUGAAGCUGGACAAAUAUAAUGUGUAAAAUACAGUGUGUGGGGUUGGUGUAAUAUGCAAAUGUUUUUUAUGAAUCUUUUUUUAUAAUUUACUAUAAUUCUGCUCAAAUAUAUAAACAGAUUUUUUCUUAAAAUUCUAAUAA